ACUGCUAAUCUGAACAGCUGAAGAUAUAAAUAACCACAGGGUGACCUCUUAUGGCUGGUAGCAAUGCCGUGACAAUAACUUUCCCUGACCUCAUCAACACCACUGGUAACUCCACUUCACCUGUUGCCGUCCAGGUAGCCCAGGUGAUCAAAUGGCUAACGUUCUUCAUCGGGCUGCCUGCCAUCGGACUGGCUAUUUACACCCUCAAGAAUCUGUCCAAAGGUGAGACUAAGCUCCCCAUGCACGUCAUGUUUCUCCUGGUGUCCGACGUCAUCAGUUUCUUCGGCCGCCCCAGCGUGGAGGAGGACACGGUAAAUCAACCCGUCUUCUCCUCCGACGUCACCGACAUCCUCUUCUAUUUUGGCGUGGUGUCCAACAUCACCCUGAUGCUGUUCAUAUCCCAGGAACGCCACCUCCUGGUGGCCUACCCGCAGUGCCUGGGCUGCUGGGGCCGGAUCAGGCAGUCGGCCAUGGUCACCUUCCUGGUGUGGACCUCUCCGUUCGCCGUCCUGGCCCUGGCCGUGCUGCGCUACCCGUUCUGGUUUGCCGUGUCUCUGCUGGCGCCUUUCCCCUUCCUGCUCUUCUUCGCCGUUGACUCGUGGAGAGCCGCGCACUGCUGCCCGUCCAACCCGCCCAGCGUGGAGACGAGGAGGGCCGUGUGGGGGAUCGGAGCCAUCUGGGCCAACUACACCUUCCUGUACUCCCCCUUCAUCCUCAGCAUCCUGCUGGAGGCGCUGGGCUUCGAGGAGCAGGUGCGCUACCUGGGCCUGGCGUCACACCUGCUGCUCUACAUCAGCCCUCUGGUCGACCCCUUCCUCUACAUAUUCAUGACCAAAGGGCUGAAGGAGGUGCUGAACGCACUGCCCUGCUGUCAUAAGUCAACACCGGCAGAGAACACCAGACCUACUGUGGACACGGUGGCUGAAACCGUCGAGACCAGACUCUGAAAACAUAACGUUUCCGAAUCAGUGAGCAAGAAAUAAUCCAAAUAUAAACAUGUGGGCCUCCGCCGGUCUACGUUUGUGGCUCAGUUUCAGCCGUUCACACGUUUCUAGGAUCCCUACAUUUCCCUCAACGUUUUGGAUUCUUUUCUUUUUAAUGCCUUUUUUUAUUUCCUGUUUGUGUAAUUUAUUUCUCUUUUCUAUCAUUGUUGUUAUUGUCAUUGUUCUUUUCUGCUGAUUUUCAGUAUAAACUUGGAGAUGGAGAUAAAGAUGGAGAUUUGCCAAACUUCGAUGGAGAGUCGAGGAGGCUGUGAUUAUUUUGUACAGUAUC